GCGGGACACUGUGCUCUUCCGUGCCCCAUCGCCGAUAAGAUAACAAGGCAAGGAUUCACCGAGAGCAACCUCUUCUAUUCACUCCGAACGUGACCGAAGGUGCAAGACAAAGCCGGAGCGUACGUGAGGCCCGACCUGGCAAACACACAGGAAUCUAUUGCAGUCAGAAAAGGAAAAUGGAGGUCACUUUGGAUGUCCUCGACGUCAAGGAAAGAGAAACCAGCGACGCUACCCCGCCAAGUUUCCCUACCGCACCUGCACCAUCGGCCACAGGCUUCCCCGCGCACAAGAAACGAGUGUCGGCUUUCAAGCAGCAGCGGCAAAAAAAGCCCGCCGGUGCUUCGCCUGCCUCUACGUCUGCCGACCGUUCUUCUAAGCCAUCAGGCCACGAUGAAGCCCCCGCGAGGCAUGCGACAACAACAACGGACGAGCGGCGAGCGAUCGAUGAGGAGAACAAGGCCGUCCUUGCCUCGAUGUCGCCCGAGGAGAUUGCAGAGGCGCAAAAGGAGCUCUACAACGGGCUAGAUCCCAAGCUCAUCCAGAUGUUGCUGAGGCGCGCGAAUCUCGAUGAGCCGUCCGGGCCAUCUCCCUUUGACGCGCAGCCUCCCGAGCGCUCACAGGAUCCUGGCUCGCCGCCGCCGCCUCCGCCAGCCAAGCCGCGACAAGCAACAGUCGAAGACGCGCCCGAGGAACCACCUGCCGCCGGUCCGAAAUCGCCUCCCAGAGAAGAGCGCGAUGACAAGCCAAAGAAAACCGUCACCUUCGACGAAGAUGCGCCGCCGCCGAUGCCCCCGCCCGACCUCUUUCCAGUGACGUCCGCGGCCCGGCCCAAGCCCGCGCCCGCCCACAAGCCCACGCCCGCCCACAAGCCCACGCCCGCCCACAAGCUGUCGGCAGAUGUCCCCCACAACACCCACUUCCCGCGCCCGCCGGCCGUGCCCGACCUGGACCCGGCGGACCCGAACUUCCUCGAGACGAUGCACAAAAAGUUCUUCCCCGACCUGCCCGCCGACCCGUCCAAGCUCGCGUGGAUGGCGCCCGUCCCGACGCCCGACUCGCCCGCCGACCGCGAGUCGCCCUACUACCCCGGCCAGGACUCGCUCCCCGUCUCGGCCCUCCGCUUCGACUUCCGCGGCGCCCUGCUGCCCCCGCGCGUCAGCCGCCGCAUCCCCGUCACCAAGGGCCUGCACCACCACGGCGAGGCCCCCGAGGCCGCCGGCUACACCAUCCCCGAGCUGGCGCGGCUCGCGCGCUCGGCCGUCCCCGCGCAGCGCUGCCUCGCGUACCAGACGCUCGGCAGGAUCCUGUACCGGCUGGGCAAGGGGGAAUUCGGGUCCGGCGCGGGCGGGAGGGACGGAGAGGAGGACGACCUCGCGUUCGCCCUCUGGCGCUGCUUCAAGGAGGGGAGAGUGAUCGAGAGCUUAGAGCAGGAGGCCGGGCUGCCGGAAGGGAAGGGCCACAUGAGCAGCAAGGCUUACGCGACCGAGGCCUUGUGGCUGUUUGAGAAGGGCGGGUGGAAAGAAAAGUGGCGAGGGUUGUAGUCAAGGAAGAUAGAGAGCAGAGAACAGGACAUGAGCAUUUUCAUGACGACAUACAACCCAGCCAGCCCAUCAUCAGAAAUCCCAGUCUCUAUCCAGCCUCGUCUUCCCCCGUCUUUCCGCCCCUUUCAUGGAGAAAACCAACCUCUCAGACCAAGAAGACGAAACAAAAAAAACCACCCAGAUUCAAUACGUUACCCAGCAGAGACGCAUAUCCUUCCUAACAAGCGACCCAAAGCAACCCCUUCCUAGCCCGAAACGCAAAACAGACAGACAC